AUGAAUGGACAGAUGUGGACAGGAAACGAGUUAUGAAUGACAUCAUCUCCACCAUGUUCAAUAAGAAGUUCAUGGAGGAGCUGUUCAAGCCCCAGGAGCUCUACUCCAAGAAGGCUCUGAGGACCGUGUACGACCGCCUGGCUCACGCCUCCAUCAUGAGGCUCAACCAGGCCAGCAUGGACAAGCUCUAUGACCUGAUGACCAUGGCCUUCAAGUACCAAGUGCUGCUGUGCCCUCGGCCCAGGGACAUCCUGCUGGUCACGUUCAACCACCUGGAUGCCAUCAAGGAUUUCAUCCACGACUCCCCAGGCAUUCUGAACCAGGUGGACGAGACCUUCCGGCAGCUGAUCGAGACAUACAACCCUCUCUCUGAUGGUGAAUUCCAGCUCAUCAGGCAAACUCUCCUCAUUUUCUUUCAAGACAUGCACAUAAGGGUUUCCAUCUUUCUGAAGGACAAGGUGCAGAACUCCAAUGGUCGCUUCGUGCUGCCCAUCUCGGGGCCUGUGCCCUGGGGCACAGAGGUGCCAGGGCUCAUCAGGAUGUUCAAUCGCAAAGGAGUGGAGGUGAAAAGGACUGAGUUCAUCACUGCUGGGAAUUACAUCACUCCACAGAGGGAAGGAUCUUUUGAGCUUUAUGGAGACAGAGUCCUCAAACUUGGAACAAAUAUGUACAGUGUGAGUCGGCCAGUGGAGACACACAUGUCGGGAUCAUCCAAAAACUUGGCAUCCAGUGCGAAGGAGAACAUCGUCCCCAACCCUCUUGCCAAAGAAGAGCUGAACUUCCUGGCCAGGCUGCUGGGGGGGUUGGAGGUGCAGAAACCUGGAGGCAGCGAGACAGGAUUUCGGCUCAAUUUGUUCAUGACUGACGAGGAGGAAGAACAUGCUGCACAGACCAGACCAGAGGAGUUGUCCUACAAGGUGAUCAACAUCGAAGCCACGCAG